AUGAAGGUCGCAGAAGGCGGCGUUCCCGAAGUCCUUCAGAGAGGCGCCCAGCAGGACAAGGGCGAGACUGCGCGACUGCAAUAUUUCGUCGGCGCAAUCGCCGUUGGGGAGCUCGUGAAGUCGACGCUCGGCCCCAAGGGCCUGGACAAGAUUCUCACUCCCAUGCAAGCUGUGGACGGCAGCCGCAACGGCAAGACGAUCAUCACAAACGACGGCGCGACGAUCUUGAAGAGCGUGUGGCUAGACAACCCUGCGGCGAAAAUCCUCGCAGAUGUCGCGCUGCAGCAAGACGCCGUGUGUGGAGACGGCACGACUGGCGUCGUCGUUCUGGCGUCGGAGCUGUUGAAGCAAGCAGAGGAACUCGUGAACCAAAACAUUCAUCCACAGAUCAUCACAACUGGCUAUCGCAAGGCCCUCUCUGUCGCGCGCCAGCGGCUCCAGCAGAUUUCCUUCGGCUGCGAAGAGGAUCGGCUCAGGGACUACCUGAUGAACGUCGCCCGCACAACUCUUUCGUCCAAGCUUCUCACGCACGAAAAGGAGCACUUUGCCAAAAUUGCAGUCGACGCAAUUCUGCGACUGAAGGAGCAUGCAUCGUCUCUGGAGCUGGUGCACAUCAUCAAGAAGCCGGGAGGAUGCCUCCGAGACUCCUUCCUCGACGAAGGUUUCAUUCUCGAAAAGCGCAUCGGAACUUACCAUCCCAAAGUCCAGGAAGAUUGCAGAGUGAUGGUCGCCAACACACCGAUGGACACGGACAAAAUCAAGAUCUACGGCGCGCGUGUCUCGGUCGAUUCCUUCGAAGCCGUUCAGGCACUCGAACUCGCUGAAAAGGAGAAAAUGAAACAGAAGGUGGACAAGAUCGCUGCCUACGGCUGCAAUGUCUUCAUCAACCGUCAACUGAUUUACAACUACCCAGAGCAAAUUUUCCAGGACCACAAGGUCAUCGCAAUCGAGCAUGCAGAUUUCGACGGCAUGGAGCGUCUCGCUGCAGCUCUCGGCGCCGAGAUCAUCUCCACUUUCGAUGCUCCCGACCCCAGCAAGCUGGGAUACUGCAAGAAAUUGGAGGAGAUCAUGAUCGGAGAAGAUAAAGUGAUCCGCUUCUCUGGCUGCAAGAGAGGCGAAGCGUGCACCAUUGUCUUGCGGGGCGGCAGCGAGCACGGUCUCGAAGAAGCUGAGCGCUCUCUCCACGACGCCCUUGCCAUCUUGUCGCAGUUGGUGCUCGAGCAGAAGGGAGAGAAACAAAGCGGCCUCGACACUUCGGCCUUCCUCAAGGUCGACGGCAAAACAGGAAGUGCGGCUCCAUUCCCAGACCCCACAGGCGCACAGCCGCUCGUUGUCUGUGGAGGCGGCGCCGCCGAACUUGCCAUGGCUUCUGCUGUCGAGGAGCUGGCUCGGACAGAGGAAGGCAAAGUUAGUCUCGCAAUCGAAGCGUUCGCCAAGGCUCUCAGACAAAUCCCGACGAUCAUUCUGGAAAACGGAGGUCUCGAUAGCGCAGAUAUCGUCUCCCGUCUACGCGUCGCCCAUUUGCGUGGCGAGCACACGAUGGGUGUAGACAUGGACACCGGGAGCGUCGCCGAUAUGAAGACAAAGGGAGUCCUCGAAGCCUACAAGAGCAAACUCAGUCAAAUCUGCUUCGCCGCUGAGGCUGCAGAGAUGAUUGUGAGAGUCGACGACAUUAUUCGCUGCGCUCCUCGUGAGCGAUCAGGAAUGUAG